UUCCGGAAAAAGAGCACGGUGGCAUCAUUAACCUUUUAAAGUACAACUCCUCUCUUGAAGAGCAGGCAGAACACUCUUUCUCACCUUUGCAGUAACAUCAUUUACAGUCUGAAAAUGAAUUCCCUCGUCACGCUUUUAUCCUGCUGCAUGCUGUUGUUGAUGUUGGCCAGCGCUAGCGAUAAAGAUUUGAAACCGAAGGGACUUAUGAGCGAAUUGGUUCAAAAACCCAUUUUUUACGCUGGAGAAGUGAGAUCGACGGAGAGAGCUUUUGGGGAUCCUUGCCAGUUCAGCUUUGAGUGUGAAAGUGGAUGCUGUUUGCAGGAAAAAAAUGGGAAAAGGAAGUGCACCAGAAAGAUGAAGAAAAAUGAGAGAUGCUCAGUUAGUCAAGUGAAGCUGGAUUUAUAUAUGGAUUAUUGUCCAUGCGAAAAAGGAAACAAAUAUUGUUCAGAUGACCCUGAACCGAGGUGCACGGCCUGACACAAAGAAUCAGCAAUUCGUGCCAUUCAUAUAGCGUCCAAACCUAAUUUAUGAAUAUUUUUAGAUUUUAGAUUUUAUAUCGCUUCUCAUCUUUCAUUUUAUUAUCAUUUUUGAGCGUCUACGUGCUCUGGAAUGUUUUUGUAAAGAGUUUUUACAUGUAAUGAUAUGUUUUUCUUAUGUAAUAAAGUAUCUUAUAAACGUUA